AUGUUCGCGAAAUCACGCCUCGGCUCAUGUCCACAGCUGUCCAGCUCUCACCCCAGUUCAAUAUCAGGGUGGCAAAAGUGUUUGCAGCUCAAUUCCCAUCGCGGCUCCGAUCAACACACAAACACGCGGCCGGAGGCUUGCAAUUGGCAGCAGAGCAUGAACGGUGGAUCAAGCUGUCAAUCAUAUAUGGACAAACCACGACAUCUCAGGAACAUGGCGACUGGGUGCAUCAUCUGA